AUGCGUCACGCUGUCACAAAAUUAUGCAUUCGCGCUACCGCUGGUGCAGGUGGAGGUGGACGCACCGACAGUGCUGUGUUUCCGGGACGGAAGUGUUGCGCCGUAGGUGAGACUGAUCAUGGGUCGGACGUAGAACCGUAUACCGUAAUUCGGGAGGAAGGAAGUAGUGUGGAUGUCCAUGCUUGGGUGAGUGGCGUUGAGGUGGAGCGCUCUGCAGUUGAACAGCUCCUGCAGUUGUCACGGUUGGGUGAUAUUAUUCAGCACCCCGUUGUGGCCAUGCCAGAUGUACAUACUAGCAACGGUGCCACUGUAGGGACGGUCAUCCCAACAACACGGGCAAUCAUACCAGCGAGUGUUGGGGUGGAUAUCGGUUGCGGGAUGAUCGCGGUGCGUACGAGCCUGACACAAGAAGAUUUACCGUCGUCACUGGCUGCCCUCCGACUGGCUAUCGAAGUUGCCGUCCCACACGGGCGAACGCACAAUGGUAGAAGUGGGUUAGAUGCGGGAAGCUGGCGAAACAAUAUCCCAGAGAGCGUCGCUGCUGUGUGGCGGACGCAGUUGCAGAAAGGCUUUGAGGAGAUCUGUUGCAUGCAAAAACACAUUGAAACUAGCAACCACAUUGAACACUUGGGCACUCUGGGCGGUGGAAAUCACUUCAUUGAACUAUGUGUUGAUGAUGGAAGGAAGGUGGACGUGGGUGAAAGUUACGUUGAAAUUGGGAAUUCAGGGAGCAGCGGUGCCACAUCUGAAACGUCCAAAGGCGUUUCCCGGCAACCUAACAUCUGGGUGAUGUUGCACAGCGGUUCGCGGGGAGUUGGAAACCGCAUCGGAACAAUAUUUUUCGAGCUCGCCAAGAAGGAUAUGGGGGCCCACCUAGCAAAUCUUCCGAGUGCCGACCUGGCCUAUCUGCGUGAGGGUUCUGAGCACUUCGAACAGUAUGUGGAAGCUGUUUAUUGGGCGCAACUCUACGCAAAGCUGAACCGUGAGAUUAUGCUGGACAACGUGCUUCGCGCGGUGCGCAAAACAAUAGGUAGGGGGUUUUCCGUUGAUGCACUUGCGAUAAAUUGCCAUCACAAUUACGUUCAGCGUAUGGAGUUGAGUGCUGGAGUGCACGUGUGGUUAACAAGGAAGGGGGCUACAUCCGCACGUGCAGGCGAGCUUGCGGUCAUUCCUGGAAGCAUGGGAACGAGAAGCUACAUUGUACGUGGGAAAGGUAAUCCAAAAAGUUACUCAUCCUGCUCCCACGGAGCUGGCAGGCGUUACAGCCGUGGUGAGGCGAAACGACGUUUCACCUUGGAGCAGCAUAAGACGGCAACAAAGGGCAUAGAGUGCCGAAAAGACGCUGACGUUCUAGACGAGACACCCAUGGCGUACAAGGACAUUGACGACGUUAUGCGUGCUCAGGAUGAUCUUGUGGAGGUUGUAUGUGUGCUCAGACAGUUGUUGUGCGUUAAGGGGUAA